AUGGCUUUGUUGUACGCGUGCUGUCGUGUUGCUGUAGUAAAUACUGAUGUUCCUAUGAUUUGUAUUACUUGUAGUGGCUACUAUCAUCUGCAAUGUGUGUCGGCAUCAUCCAGAAAAGAUCCAACACUUCGAAAUGGGUCAGAUUGGACCUGCCCAGCGUGUUUGUCAAAGCAACCUAAAACUGUUAAAAAUGAUAGUACACCUGUCCGCAUGUCAGCGCGCAAGCAAUGCGACACCGAGAGUGUUAAUGUUACAUUGCGAAACAAAAAUUCGAAGAAUAAGUCUCCCACUACUCCGUCAGUGUCAGUGAUAGAAAAAUCUACAGACUCUUCUUGCGACCUACGGGGUUUUAUAAGACAAGAGAUUUCAGAGCUAAAAAGGGAUCUUGAAUUUAGUUUCAAAAACUUUAUAAACUCAGAGCUUAAGAUCAUUAAGGACGAGGUACAGGAAAUAAAAAUGUCCAUAGCUUUCAUAAAUAAUAAGUAUGAUGAGAUGAAAGAAAGAUUUGAAAUAUACGAUAAAUGCCUAGUGUCAGUAAACAGCUUGAGUAAUGAAAUAGGUGUAAUAAAGUCUUCAUUGGCAAAGUUGGAGCAUGAAAGUAAUAUUAGAGACCAAUGGGCGCGGCGUUCCAAUAUCGAAAUUUGUGGCAUUCCCGAGAAGAAGAAUGAAAAUCUCUUCGACAUUAUUGAGAAAAUAUCGAAGCACGUAAAUUUUUCUUUUAAAAAAUCAGAUAUUGAUUUUUUAUCCCGCGUUGCACCAUCUACCAAGGACCCUAAAAAACCUAAACCAAUUAUUGUGCGGUUUUUAUCGAGGUAUAAUAAAGAUGACUUUUUGUGUAAAACAAAGAAACUUAAAAGCUUGAAAGCGAGUGAUCUUGAUUUUUCUGGUACUGAAUCCUUGGUAUUUUUCAAUGACCACUUGACCAGUUUAAAUAAAUCUUUGUUGCGCCAGGUGAAAAUUAAGGCUAAAGAUAAUAACUAUAGAUUUGUAUCGGUUAAAAACUGUAGUAUAAUGGUUAGAAAAUCUGAGUCUAGUCCUACUUUUCACAUAAAUAAUAUGGCGGAUUUAUUAAAAAUAAAAUAG